CUGCCCGGGCUGGCUGCUGGCCGCUGGGCCCGGGAUGACGCCACCUCUCGCUCCGCCCCGGCGCAAACUCGCUCCCUGCGUUCAUUUCAUUCCUGCUCUCAUUCCGAACAUUCUUCGCAUCUCUGUCAGUGCGCGAAGCGAUUCACCUACACCUUUCCUGGCCGGCCCAGAAACACUAGAAUAACUUGACAUAGUAUUCAAAAUACCCACUAACAUCACAUUAGCAAAAGAAAGGGACAUUUGUAAAUGAGAUAUCAAUAACGAGUUGGCUCGGCCGGGAGUUGUGGGAGCAUUUUCGGACCACCUCGGAGAAAGAAAGAAACACGGCGGGGAGACUUGUUGCUUCAGCUCGGCUGACGGCGCUGUUUUAAAAUCGCCAUCGAAGUUUUACCCGUGUCUCUCCCUAGUCUGCUCCAGGCUUCAGCUUGGAGAGCCCAACCGCCAAGAUUGAUCCGAGCAGCUGGAGCGGCAGCGAGAGCCCUGCCGAGGACAUGGAACGGAUGAGCGACUCGGCGGACAAGCCUGUGGACAACGAUGCCGAAGGGGUCUGGAGUCCUGACAUAGAGCAGAGCUUCCAGGAAGCCCUGGCCAUCUAUCCUCCAUGUGGUCGCAGGAAGAUCAUCCUGUCAGAUGAGGGAAAGAUGUAUGGUCGAAACGAGCUGAUAGCCAGAUACAUCAAGCUUCGGACUGGAAAGACAAGAACUCGCAAGCAGGUGUCUAGUCACAUACAGGUCUUAGCAAGAAAGAAAGUUCGAGAAAUCCAAGCUGCCAUUAAGGUACGUCUGGCUUUGCCCAGUUGCAGGGGGCUUUUCAUUGCCAUGGUUACAGGCUCUUCCUUUGUUUUCCUCCCCUCCCCUACCCCGCAGGUGUCUAGUCACAUUCAGGUUCUUGCCAGAAGAAAAUCUCGUGAGUUUCAUUCCAAGCUAAAGGUUACGAGCAUGGACCAAGCCGUGAAGGACAAAGCCCUCCAGAGCAUGGCCUCCAUGUCCUCGGCUCAGAUCGUCUCCGCCACGGCGAUUCACAACAAGCUUGGCCUGCCAGGCAUCCCUCGGCCCGCCUUUCCAGGAGCAGGGUUAUGGCAGGGUAUGAUAUCAGCUGGGCAGCCAGGAUCCUCACAAGAUAUUAAGCCUUUUACCCAGCAACCAUAUCCAAUCCAGCCAGCGGUCACAACAGCCAUUUCAAGUUAUGAAUCUGCCACUGCUCCAGCUCCCACAGCUCCAGCGUGGCAGGGCCGCUCCAUUGGCACAUCCAAACUCCGACUAGUGGAGUUCUCCGCCUUCUUAGAGCAACAGAGAGACCAAGACUCGUACAACAAGCACCUGUUCGUACACAUUGGACAGACAAAUUAUUCCUACAGUGACGCUUUGCUUGAGUCGGUGGACAUUCGUCAGAUUUACGAUAAAUUUCCUGAAAAGAAAGGAGGACUGAAGGAGCUGUAUGGAAAAGGUCCUCAGAACUCCUUUUUCCUCAUCAAAUUUUGGGCCGAUCUAAACUGUAACAUUCAAGAUGAUACUGGAUCAUUUUAUGGGGUGACCAGCCAGUAUGAAAGUUCAGAGAACAUGACCAUAACAUGUUCGACAAAGGUUUGCUCCUUUGGAAAGCAGGUUGUUGAGAAAGUAGAGACUGAAUAUGCGCGGUUUGAGAAUGGACGCUUUGUUUACCGGAUAAGCAGGUCUCCGAUGUGUGAAUACAUGAUCAACUUCAUCCACAAGCUAAAACAUCUCCCAGAGAAAUACAUGAUGAACAGUGUCCUGGAAAACUUCACCAUCUUAUUGGUGGUGUCAAAUAGGGACACCCAGGAGACGUUGCUAUGUAUGGCUUGCGUGUUUGAAGUAUCAAACAGCGAGCACGGCGCCCAGCAUCAUAUCUACAGACUGGUAAAGGAGUGAAAACUCUCUCCGUUUUAUACAUUUCUUUCUUCAUAGACGUAUCAACCUCAAAACAAGUGGCAGUGCCUCUGCAUGGAAGUCAGCCUUUCAAUGCUCUUUGUUUGAGGGAAGAGGUGAAGUCGGUUUGUCAUAAGUUUGUUGUAUUUGUUGUUGACCGCAGCUGUGAAAUAUGGUACAGUUGUUUUAUGUUUUAAUGGGAGUUUUAUGGGAAUUUUCAUUUUUAAAUACGUUUAGUUGGUUGUUCCAAAAAUAAUCGAGAAGAUUUAUUUGUUAAAUGGAAAUAUAUGUGUUGUCUUUUUCUGCUCUGUUAUGUAGACUAAGGGGGAAACAGAACUUGCAGCCUACGAUGGUCUGUACAGUUCAUAUUGAGGAUGUUUUGUAAAUCUGUGCUUCAUAAUUUGUCAAGAGUACAUAAUGUAGAAAAACAUGUUUUCACAGCAAAAUAGACUUCCCAAAGAAACACAACUAACACUCCAAAUAUAUCAACACAGUGGCUGAAAACAUAUGGUUGUAAAAAGAUGUGUAUAUAUUCUUGUUAAAGCACUCCAGAUCUCAAACACCAACAAGAAAAUACACUGUGAAAUUGCAAAAAUAUAUCUAGCGUGCGUACAGUGUCUUACAAAAGUAUUUAUCUCUCUUGAACUUUUUUACACUUUGUUACAAAUAGAACUACAGACUUCAACAACAUAAGUUAGUGCAUGGCUGUGUAGUUUAAGGAAAAGAAUACUUGGUUUUACAGUCUGAAAAGUGUGUCAUUUAUUUGGACAUUUGUUUGCUUUAUACAAUUGUAACUCUGGCUGUAGGUUUAGUGCUGUUAUCCUGCUGGACAUCCUGCCUUCAGCAGGUUUUGUUCACUUGUUGUCCCCCGUUUAGCCCCAUCCAUCCUCCCAUCAGCUUUAACCAGCUUCCCUUUUCCUGCUGAAGAAAUCAUCUCCACAUCAUGAUGCUGCCACCAGCAUGAUGACAGCAGGAUGUGGCUUGUCAUUUUGCUAUUUAGCCAAAAAGGUUUAAUUCUGGUCUCGUCGUAUCAGAGUCCCUUCUUGCACAUGGAUGCCAUGUCCCCUAAAACCUUGUUGUGACCUUUAGACAAGACUUCUUACAAGAGGCUUUCAGCAUUGCUGUUCUUCUUGACAUUUUUCCAUAAAAGGAAAAUUUGCAGAUUUUCUGAUUAUUUUACCUUUGCUGUGAAUUUCAGCUUAUCUGAGCAAUGCUUUCCUUUAAAUGCCUGACUGUUCAGGUGGACAGCCACGUCUUUGCAGGUUUACUGUUAAACUGUGCUCUCUUUUACUCAAAUUAAAUUAAAUGAGGUGUAUUCUGAAGGAAAUUAAUUUCACUGUUUUCAUUCAAAUGAAUCGUAAUAGAAGGAGCUGAAUACAUUUUGAUGAAAUGUAAGAAAAUGAGAGAAAGUUUACGGGUUAUAAAUACUUUCCCAGGCACUGUAUGAUCCAUUUGCCCACUAAGAACCAUACUUUUGAAAACAAACAUUUCCUGUGUGACAACUGACAGGAUAACUCUCGAUGUUCUAGACAAGUUAAAGUACACAUAACAUGACUCGCCUUAGUGAUGCUGCAACUUAAAAAAAAAAAAAAAAACACAGGUUAAAGUAUCCUGACACUACAGAUCACUGAGUUGGCACACCCUGGAAUCGGGGUGCAAGACAUUCCCGUUGAGUUCACACGUUUCUGUUGCCUGCUCCCAUCUUAAGCCUUAAACCUUAAUAAAGCUGUUUGUGGACUCCAAAAGAUGCCAUAAAAACUGUGAACUGUCAUACACUAGACUUGUUUUGUUUGCAGUGUUUAUUCUGUACAAUCAGCCAAAGUGUAAGUGUACAGUGCCUUAGAAUGUACGCAUUACUUCUGCUUAGGUCUAACGUUGGUUUUGUGAGUGAAACGGGCAAAAACAACAAUAUGCUAGUGCUACAAUGUCUUAAAUUACACUUCAUCAAAUCAGUGCACUCCUAGAAAUCCUUGUUUUUAAGACGCAGUACAACUUAAGUUCAGAUAGAUUUGUAAGCCAGGAGAAGAGUUUCUAAUGAUUUUGUAUGAGUGUAAUACAAACACAUAACAGCUGCCUUUCCUGUUGCAAAAGACCAAAAAGAAUCGGGAGAAUCUCUUGUAGUGUUCUGUUUGGUAGCGAGGAAGUGCCUUUGGUUUCAAAUUUCCAGCUUCAAAAAGAUUAAACAUAAAAAAAAAAAAUCAAUGUUGCUAAACCAAAUACAGGACACAAGUGACACCAAUCACCACAUUGCCUUUUUUAAAGGACUGAGGACUGAUUGACAGCAGGAAAAUAUAGAUCAUGGAUAAACAAUUCUUAAUUAGGAUAUUAAUCGGGUUUUUUUUUUUUUUUAAUGUUAGAAGAAAAUUGAUUUCCUCGCUUUAGACUUUCAUUUUUAGACCCCGCCGACUACAAGCAGAACGCAAAAACACAGAAGCGGUAUGCUUAGUGCACACUUGCAGGUUCAAGUGUUUGCAAGCAGAUUGUUAGAAAAACUGCGGUUGUCUUGUUACAGUGACCGCUCUUUGCGACACGGGGAAUAUUUUUGGGGGGCGGGGGGGUGAACACAGUUGGGUUUUCCUUGUGAUGCAGACACAAUUGUGUGGCUCUUAGAUAAAAGUUUAUUUAACAGCAUGAAAUCUAAAAUCACAUACAGGACUGUUUUCUAGUUAAACUGGGAUUUGUGUCCAAACUUUUUUUUUUUUUUACAGCUGCUGCUGCAGCAGUGUGAGUGGAUCAUCAAAGCUAAUACUUAGACUAUAAGAGUCUUAUUACUUAAACAUUUUACAGUUUCUUACAGAGAUUUUAUUCAGUUUUAAGAACUUUAAUACAAGAAUUAUUAAAUAAUUACAGACAAUAUCUCUGGAGGAUGCAGUUAUUUAGUUCAGUAUUUUGUGGACAGCAUGGAGCUGUAACAGCCUCUGUUUGUACGUUUACCCUGUGUAUCUUUUCACAUUUAUUGAUCACACUAUGUAGUGAAGUGUUCUUUUCUUCUUGUGCCUGUAUGCUUUGUCCUGUGAUGACAUCGUCUGUAUGCUGAGGCUCAUUCUGAUGGUAAUGUCACUGCUGCACUGCUGACAUAUAAACACUAAAACCGCAGGACUGAUGGCUCUGAUGGGACUAACGUCUGCUGGACUGUUUUUAAGGGAAAAUAGACAGACGCGCAUAAAGAGCUGCGUUCAAUCAUGCUACAAACAUAUCAGCAGUUUAGCUCUUAUUUGUAAUUUUGAUUUUCAGACGGGGUACUGGUACCUUUCUGUUGUGUGAUCAUCCCUGACGAUGAUGGCUUUAAAGUGACUUUUGAAAUGGCUCACGUUCACUCACUUUGGUUUAUGUGUGCAGAUCUUUGUUGUUCUUUUGUAUAAAGGUGUUUUGUAUAAAAGUAUAUCUUAGCCUUUUCUUGGUACAGAUGUGUGAUAUGUUUUCCUACUCAUGAGCGUAAAGUGUCGGAGCAAUGGAGAGAAAAGAAGCUGUGCCGUUUCCCGUGUUCUUCUCAUGGUCUUGUCUUUGCUCCGUGACAUUAUGAUGCCUUCUUGACAACACUAAAUAUUUUGUAGCUUUCUAGAUACUUUCUAUGUAUGCAACAUCAAAGUUUAAUAAAUCUAAAAGAAACAAUG